AUGGCGCCCUCUCAAGAUACCUUCGUCGACGAUGAAGAAGAGACCUGCCCCCUCUGUAUCGAGGAGUUUGAUCUUUCGGAUCGCAACUUCAAGCCAUGCCCCUGCGGAUACCAGAUCUGCCAGUUCUGUUUCAACAAUAUCCGAAAUAAUAUGAAUGGUCUUUGUCCCGCGUGCCGCAGACCAUACGACGACAAGACUAUCCAAUGGAAGGUCGUCACUCAGGAAGAGGUUGCCGAGUUCCGAGCGAAUAUCCAAAAGAACCAAAAGCGACGUGCCGCCGAGCAACGCCACAAGGAAGCCCAAAAACGCGAAGCCGAAAAGGAGAAUCGGAAGAACUUGGUCGGCGUCCGAGUCGUUCAGAAAAACCUGGUCUACGUAACCGGGCUGACGCCUACGGUACGCGAGGACGAGUUGCUCAAGACACUCCGGCGUCCCGAGUUUUUUGGACAAUACGGCAAUAUCCAAAAGAUAUCCAUCAGCAAUCGGAAGAGCCAAGACGGGCACAACCAGUCCCUCGGAAUUUAUGUCACUUUCGAGAAGAAGGAGGAUGCUGCUAGGUGCAUUCAAGCAGUCAAUGGCUCGCAAAAUGGCGACAGGGUUCUGAGAGCUCAACUGGGCACCACCAAGUAUUGUUCAGCUUGGCUCCGUCACGAGAUUUGCACAAACAGGCAGUGUAUGUUCUUACACGAGCUUGGUGACGAGGAGGACAGCUAUUCUCGCCAGGACUUGUCUUCGAUAAACAGCAUCAGCAGCCAACGCCCCCUCCCUGUUGGCGGUGCCUCAAGGUCGACGUCUCGCCAAACGGGCCACCCAUCGCCCGCGCUCUCGAAUGCUCAACCGAUGAUCCGGAGUUCUAGCAAGGAGGAAUCCGAAAACGGCGAUGGCCCCGCGCUGCCCUCUUCAGCUACUUGGGCUCGAAACCCCCAGGUCCGUAGCCGACGUGGAAGCCACGCCACUAGCGGCGCCGCCCCCAGCCCUGCAAUCUCGAACAUUCUUCCAGUCACUUCCGAAUCCAACCGAGAAGCCGUCGAAGAUUUCCCUCCGAUCGAGAGCACGGUGCAUCAUCCUCCACCUCCUCCCCAGAAGACGAAAUCCGAAAAGUCGCCCAAAUCUGCGGCAAAGCCUGCGCCAAAGGCUACUCCUUCUGCUCCUCCUGCUCCUCCUGCUGAGGCAGCUUCCCCAGCUGCGUCUCCAGCUCCGGCACCAGCUCCGGCACCAGCUUCGGCACCAGCUCCGGCACCAGCUCCGGCACCAGCUUCGGCACCAGCUUCGGCACCAGCUCCGGCACCGGCGCCGGCCCCUGUUACUGCUCCAGUUGCGGCUCCUCCUCCACCCAAGGUUGAGACAUCCGCCAAGUCCACUUUCGAGAAGGCCAGGAGCGCUUCCCAAGAUACGCUUACAAAGCUUCUCAAAUCCCUCAAUGGGUGCUCUCUUGCCUGGCCCAAGCUUGGAGACGACUCUACAGAGGCUAACUACCCGCCUUUGUUUGAUGUGAGGGGUGGCGAGAAGCGGAGAGCUUUGCGCGACGAUGUCACCACCGGCGUGGCGGAGUCACAUGAGGGUUCCGCGGCAGCUACCGAACCAGCUGAGGUCGAGCCUGAAAGCAGUGGCAGCCUUGCUUUGGGAGGUGAACCUGAGGACCGGGAUACUGGACGUGAUUUUGGCUUGCGGGGAGCUUCACAGCCGCCCAUUCAACGCGCUAACAACGACGGACUGUUUGGGUCGGCGAUCGGGUCUGGCUUCAGCCAGGGUUCUACCAACCUCGCAUCCAUUGGCAGUCGCACCAUGACACCACAGCAGCCUGCUUUCAUGCGUCCGCAGGCGACGGGUUACGAUCACCUUCCUCCCGGAAUCACUUCCCAGGCGAACCUUUUCCAGGGGCAGGGGCAUAACCGCCAGGGCUCUCGCUUUAGCUUCGCGAACGAGGGGCAAACAGCGUCUGCCACCUCGGUCAAGCUGGCGGCAAACCCCAGGGUCAUGGCUCAGCAGGCCUCGAUGAUGCCUUCGUCCUUCCACGCUCAACCCAACACGCAGUUCUAUGCCAGCUCCAUGCCCGGCCCUCCGCCCGGGCUCAAGUCUACGAGCACCCCUCCGAGCAUGUUUGGGCAGCACGGUUUCGGCUCUGCUUUCGGCAACACCACGAAAGAUACGAACGAGAUUCUUCAGCUCCUCAGCCGCGGCCGAGGUGCUGGUAGCCAGGUUCAUGAUGCGGGAAAGCGUGAGUUCUUGUUUCCUUCCAUUCCUCCACUGUACCCACCCUCUACCUCCUCUACCCCAGCUCCUGCUCCGGGCCUGGCAUCGCUCUACGGGCCCCAGCCUGGAGCCUUCCAAGACUUGGGUUCAAAGCAGAAGAAGAAGGGGAAGAAGCACAGACACGCUAACACUUCCUCCUCUGGGGGGAGUGGCUUAGUAGAUCUUGCGGACCCGAGUAUCUUGCAGGCGAGAAUGCAGUCUCAGCAGCAUAUGCAACAACAGAGCAAUGCCGGUCUCGGACAGGUGUUUGGUGAUGACGAUCUACCCUCGUUCGAGGAAGUCACGACAAGCGUAGACGCUCUGGUUUCGGACGAACCCAUUACAACGAUACGCCAACCCCCCGGAGCCUUCGAUAACUUCGGCCGCAUGGGGACUCCUACAACCGUUGCCCCUCCUCCGGGACUGGGUCACAUCAGCCAUCCUUCCCCUGCCAUCCUCCAGGCAUCUUUGCCAGCUGGAACUCAGACACCACCGGUCGGCGUACCUGUUGUGCCUACCAAGGCAACCACAGCGGCGGCGUCUACAGCAGCGUCUACGGCACCACCUACGAGUACACCCGCAACGGCAACGGCCUCUAGUGCGGCUGUUUCCACGGCAGCGUCAACCACGUCAACGCCUACAACAGCUCCCAGCCCACUUGUCAACAAGAAGCCGAGGAACAAGUUGGAAAGAGGCAUGCAAUACUGUCCCUUUUGCGCAAUGGACUUGCCUCUUGCUAAGGACGGCAAGACCAUUAACGUUUUGGAAGCAGAGAGACACAUUGAUUCGUGCGAAGAUGCCAAGAAGCUUCGUGACGCAGCUGAGGCCAAGAAGAACUCCAAGGAGAAUAUUCAAGCUCUUGCGGCGGAAACUGGUCUAUCGAAGGAUAUUGCAACGGCCAAGGCGAAGGGACCAAAGGUUUUGGCAGACGAGGACUUCCCUGCUCUCAAUAGUCCCAAGGUCCAGGCAGCUGCCACGACACCUGCCGUUUCGACCAAGAUUACGGCAACCAAGUCUAAGGCAGCCAGGAAGGCCGAAAGGGCUGCGGAGAAGGCUGCUGAAAAGGCUGCUGAAAGGGAGAGGGCUGCUGAGAAGGAGAAGGCCGAGAAGGAGAAGGCGGAAAAGGAAAAGGCCGAAGAGGAAAAGGCCGAAAAGGAGAAGGCCGAAAAGGAGAAGGCCGAAAAGGAAAAGGCCGAAAAGGAGAAGGCUGCCCAGAAAGAGAAGCCUGCACCUGUGCUGGUUAUACCUGCGGUGGCGCCCACUCUUCCUAAGCCAGAACCCCGCCCUACAGACAAAAAGCCUGCCCCAGUUCUUAACAUUGCCGCAGCCACCAAGGUUGCCCAGGUCAGAACUGCUGAGAGUUCAUCAGCAACGACGGAGAAAUCUGCCCAUGAUCGGGACUCGGCUUUCCCUGCCCUGCCUACGCCAACGACUGCUUCAGUGGCCUCGCCGCUCGCUCGGACAACAGCAAAGACACUAAGACUUGUCUCAACUCCGAAGACCGAGACGCCUUCUACGCUCGCCAACGCUACUGCCACGAGCGUCGUGGGCUCCGCGGCUCGUUCUGUGGCUUCGAUUUCCGUGAGACCCGAGACUCCUGCUAGCGAGAUGAUUUCGGAUAGUGCGUCCAUCGUCUCAGCCUCAGUCUCGGCAUCUCGCACCAGCUCGCCACCGCCGUCAAAGAUCGGUUCUGCCCCUGUCAGAACGACCACCAAGAGUCAGCAGCGGAAGGCAAGAAAGGAGCAGCUCAAGAAGGAAACGGCAAUUGUAGCCGCCCAGCCCGUCAAGUCUGAUCCGAAUGAGGAGAUCGGACCCAUCAUUGGCCGCAAGAAGAAGCAGAAGAAGGAGAAGGAGAAGCCAAGCACCACCACCGCAAACGUAACACCGACUGUCAGUAGACCGGAAACACCUGCACAAAAGGAAAAGGAGGCGACGCCUCCUCCGCCACCCCCAAAGGAAGUGAAGGAGGUCAAGGAGGUCAAGGAGGUCAAGGAGGAGUCUUCCACGUACCGAUCGACGGCCAAUGAGACGACGACAUUGACGGAUGACGCUUCUCCUAUCAAGACGAGGGGAGUGAAGGAGACCCCGAAGUCGGACUCCGUCUCAACUCCUCGCACUUUGCCGACACCUGCCACGAUCUUCCAAGAUUUGCAAAAAUCGGGUGAGGUUCCGGAGAAGAUCGAUGACCUGUCUCUUUUCAAGCCGACAAGCACCGGAUUUGAGAAGUCAAGGAAUGAUCAUAGCAACGCUGCUGCCAGGGAAAACGCGGCUCGGAAUGCCAUGACGCCUACCAAGUCGAUCGUGACUGACGAAGACCAAGCAGCUCUGCUUGCGGGUCACCCCGUCCGCAAAAUGAUUGAUGGCGUCCGAAUUCUUCUGACUCCCAACGGCGACUGCAUUCGCAACCUGACCGAAGAGGAGGAGGAUCGUUUCUUGGAGCUUCAAGCCCGCAUCGCUGAGACCGCCUCCAGCCCUGCCGCGUUUGUUUCCUCUCGCCAUGAAGCCGGCGGUGGUUUCAGUCUGAUCAAGGGGCGUGCUGUGCCCAACGGCCCUCCGGGCUACUUCCCUCAGGCUCCUGGUCAGUACCCAACAGAUCCGGUGAACAAGAUCCAGCGGGAGGAGGCGAUUUACUACAUCAACCAGUACGUCCUCCCGCGGCUGAACCUCAAUGCCAGAGACAUGAGCUUUCCGAAAGCCAUGUCAAACUGGCACCCGGAUCAGCGUGGCGGUAACCCAGCCGCCGCGGGCCUCAGCUCGCUCGCUCCCUGGAUGUACGGUGCCGGCUCUCCCGCGUCACCGCACGACAACGACGCCGUGGCACCCGAGAUCAGCUAUCCAGCCCCCGUAAGCGCGUUCGCCGACGCACAUGGUUCCUACUUGGACAUGCCUCCUUCACCGUCUGUAUCUGCUCUUGAUGACCCCAUGGGUCAUAAGGGUGCAGGCCUCAACAUCGGCGGUGCUCCCGGCCCGUUCGGCAACGUGCCUCUGAUGAGCCUCGAAGACGCCGAGUCGGCUCUGUCGGCUGCCCGCAAGGAGGGCGAUAAGAUCGAGAAGCACUUCAACCAGACCAUCAGGAAGAAUAAGAGACUCUUGAUGGCCGUGGGCGGCAAUCCCGUCUCGGUAGGCGGAGGCGGCGCUAAUGGUGCUGGCGGUGGUGGUGGUGGAGGCGGCGGCGGCGCGCAUUGA